AUGUUCUGUUGGGGUGACGGUGCGGGAGGACAGCUCGUCCUACCCGUGCGCGAAGAAACUGAUCCCAUUUUUGUCAGACCAACACUUGUUAAUUCGCUCCCUGAGCAAUUUUUAAAUCUCUCUUGUGGGGAACAGCACUCGUUAUUUGUAACGGUCGAUGGACGGGUCCUGUCAUGCGGACGCAACUCGAAGGGACAACUUGGAAGAAAGAAAAGCAAAGACACUAAACUUCCUGUGGUGGAGGGCCUGGGUGGGGUGGUGGCUGUAGCAUGCGGUCAGGAUCACAGCUUGGCUCUCUGUGAGUCUGGACAGGUUUACUCUUGGGGCGCAGGAAGCGACGGUCAACUGGGCAUCAACACAACGGACUCAAAAGUGCCCACGCCAGUAAAUGUACCAAUACCCUCUCCGUUGCCGAUACCAGUUGUGCAGGUUGCUUGUGGAAAUUUCCAUUCCUUGGCCCUCUCAAAAGGAGGUGAGGUGUUUUCCUGGGGCCUCAACAGUUAUGGACAGCUUGGCCUGGGAAAGGCCAUACACAGGCAGCUGGUACCUGCCCUGGUGCGAUCCCUCACUGGGGUUCCAGUAACAAAGAUCUCAGCUGGAGGGGCCCACACCUUGGUCCUCACACUCCCUGGUCUGGUGUAUUGCUGUGGGUCUAACAAGAGUGGACAACUGGGCCUCAACAGGGUGGAUGAGAAUGGUCGUUUCACUGUGUGUGCUGUCCCAGCUCUCCGGUCUCUGGGUGUCUCCACCAUCAGCUGUGGAGAAGCACACACUGCUGUCCUCACAAAGGAUGGUGAGAUCUACACAUUUGGCGAUGGAACCCAUGGUCAGCUUGGACACAACUCCACCAACAGGGAGCUCAGACCCCGAAAGGUGGAUGAUAUCAACAAGCCAGCUAAGAAAAUCACCUGUGGCAGUCACCACACUCUGGUUCUGCUGUCAUCUGGGAUCCUCUUGGCAUUUGGCAGUGGGGUCAAAGGUCAAUUAGGGAAUGGCAGUAGAACGGGCAGUCUCCGACCCACAGCCCUGGACUGUCCCUGGAAUAUCCCUGCACUGGAACUACAAUCAGAGAUCAAACUUGCCUCGGGAUGGAAUUCCAAUUUCGUUUUUUUCUCGCCAAUCCAGACCUCUGUUCUUGGAGAGCCAAUUGGAAAACUAGACGAUGCCAAAAUACAGAGGUGGCUAGCAUUAGCAGAUAGUGACAGAUGCAUCGGAGAAGCCAAAAGGGAGAUUUGCUUGACAUUUUCAACCAGUUCAAAUCUUGUUGCCAGCUUCAUGAAAGACAGUGAUUCUUUGAAUGGAAAUAGGGCAGACCUUGUGAAAGUUGAUGUGAACCGUGCUAGCCAGGUCUUCAAAAAGCUGCUGGAAAUUUCUUGGAUCAAGAAAUCAAUGAACAUCACACCCCUUGUUGCAAAUCUUGUCUUUGCCUCUCCGGUAAUGAGGUCCCCAGAGAUCUUCAUGAUUCUUCCCACCUGUCCUCUCCUCCAUGAAGACCAGAACGUUGUAAACCUUACGCUGCCAUUGGCAGUAGCUCUCACCAAUCUCCACGACUCAGCAAUGAAAACCCUGAAGGACUGGUGGUCAACCAUGGGAGCCCCUGUGAUGACCAAACAUAUUCUGAUGUGGAAGCAGGCCCUGUCCUUUCUCCUGAGAUCUGAACUGUGGCUCAAUUUCACCCCUGGUGUGAAGGCUGUGCUUGAAGUUCUCAAGUACCUUCAUCGAGCAAACAAACGGGCAGAAGCGGCCAGGAAAGUUCCUCUAACAGAGUUUUACAUUGAAGAGAUCGGUACAACACCAUUGUUGCUUGAACAAGAUGUGACACUCUGGCGUCAGAUAAAGUGGCGUCAAGUGCAGGAGGUGGAUUUGACACCUGCCAUAUUCUGCCGUUACCCUUUUCUUCUUGAUCUGCAAAGCAAGAUAAGGAUUUUCAACCACGAUGCAUGUGUAACAAAGUUAACUCACCAAUACAUGCAUGAAGAUGCUAUCUCUGGACAGUUUCAAAAUCUGUUCACAUGGGAGCCCCCGACACCCAUCAUUCAGCUGAAGCUUAGACGCACAGCAUUGCUGGAGGACACCUUCAGACAACUCGCUAGCAACGAUCAUGACAACUUCAAAAAGGCGCUGAUGGUAAAGUUUGCUGAAGACUCAAAACUGACAGAUGUAAACAAGAAGGACUUUUUUCUUCAUGUCUUUGAUGAGCUUCUGGCACCUGAAUCUGGGAUGUUUAUGUACAACGACUCUCAAACUCUGAUUUGGUUCCCUGCCAAGCCUACAGUUAAGGCCAAGAGCUACUUUCUGUUUGGGAUCCUGUGUGGACUAGCCCUGUACAACAGCAAUAUAGUGCACAUGCCAUUCCCCUUGGCCUUGUUCAAGAAGCUGGUUGGCAUUAAGCCAUCUCUGGAGGACUUCACCGAAUUUAGCCCUGUUGUUGGGAAGAGUUUGAGAUACCUCUUGGUCGACUACACCGAUGACGAUGUUGAGAACAUGAACAUGACUUUUUCCGUAGUCUGGGAUGGAGAGGCCGUGGAACUGGAUCAGACUGAGAAAGGAAAACAAGUCACAAGUUCCAAUAAAGAGGAGUUUGUCAGUGCUUAUGUGGAUUAUGCCCUGAAUAAGUCAGUGGAGAUGGUGUUUGAGGAGUUCAAGAGGGGAUUCUUCAAAGUGUGCGAUAGGGAUGUUGUGGAGUUCUUCCAUCCUGAGGAACUGAGAGGAGUGAUGGUGGGAAAGGAGGACUACGACUGGGACACGUUCAAACAGAAUACCACCUAUAAUGGAGGCUACCAUGCCAGACACCCCAAGAUCAUUGAAUUCUGGGAAGUGUUUGAGGAGCUGUUAGAUGAGCAGAAGAAAUCCUUUCUCUUGUUCGUGACCGGUUGUGACCGUGUGCCCAUCCUGGGUAUGGAUCAAAUCAGGAUGACCAUAACUGUCCGGCUCAACUCAACCCAACAGCAUUUUCCGGAGUCCCUCACCUGUCACACCCUGUUGAUGCUCCCAGUGUACGAAUCAAAAGAGACGCUGAGGAGUAGGCUUGUGGAAGCUCUUAACCAUAAGAGAGGUUUUUGGAUGGAAGAAACAGUCACUGAGGAUGCAGACACAUCUUCAAAGUAG